UUUAAAAAAAACCCAGUUAUUUGGUGGAUUAUAUUCGUUUAAAGCAAAGGUUAUUUGUUGUUGUGCAAUGCUUUGUGUAAAAUGUUUCGGUUUUUUAAAUGCCACGUGGUCAAUGGGCGCCAUGAUGGGUGAGAGAGAGGGAGCCGAGGAGGAUGAUCGAUUUGUAAUCAAAUUAACUUUGGGUUAUUGAACGUCUGUCGCAAACGCUUCUCGUCGAGGACGUUGUUAAGGACAACUCGGCACAAUUAGCAAUCAUCAAAGGUGUUGUUGUUAUUAUUGUUGCUGGUAGAGACGCGCGGGGGUCCCUCCCCAUAAUGGACUUAUAAUUACUACUAAAAGUAGAUAUCGCCGUCGUUUUGAUUUUUAACCAGAGAUUGUGAAUGUACCUCAUUUUGAAUCUUUAAUUUUUAAGUAUUCAAUUUGCUAAUUAAUUUCCGCCGCAGUUUCGUUUUUUUUUAUUUAGUUUAACCGCAGGCUUCGGUUGCAACAGUUGGGCCCUAGGCCCAAACCUCCAAAGAUUGGCAAAGUUUACGGAGAGUUUUUUGUUGUUAAAAUCAGUGUCCUGAAGUGGCCAAUGUUGUCGCUUAUGCAAUAAUUUCGUUUAAUAACUACGUUGUCACAUCGGCUACUUUUAUUCUCCACUUACAUACAUGGAUCGCUAAAUAUCUUAUAUGGAGGAAGUCUUCAAUGAGUUCCAAUUUCCAACUAUUGACAAUCUUACAAAAACGCUGACUUUGCCGAUAUAACGCUACUUCAGCCUAAUAAUAGUAAACAUCUGCCAUUACCUCGGUUUAAUAUCCUUUAUAAUAUAGCGCAAUCUAUUACUUUAGCCAAAUACUAGGCAAUGUCUGCAGUUAUUUACCUCGGUUUAAUCUUCUUUAAUAUGCCACGAUCCAUCACUUUAGCCAAAUACCAAGACAAAUCUGCAGUUAUAAACCUCGGUGCUCAUGUACUUUAUAAUACGCCACAAUCUCUCUGGCUCCUGCUCUUCAGCUGAUAUAAUCGCUCCAUCUCCACGGUGGUCCUCUGGGUUACAUUCCCACCUUUGUAGUUGCUUAAUAAUUUUACUGAUGAUCCGGAAGAUUUUCACUUGCGGUAAAUGGCCUUUGGACCACAAAAUGCCAAUGCUGCCUGCGUUGUUUUUUUUUGUCUUUUGACAUUCCACGGCCAUCUGUAUGUGAAGUUAUUGCAUGCAUUAUGUAAUGUUCAUUGUUUAUAUGAUUCUCUGCAACAUUGCAAAGUGGAAUCGGUGAGAAGCAAAUUGCAUUGUGCCACACGUAGAGCUUUCAGGAAGUAUCAGAACAUUGGAGAGAGAGAUCCCACUAAAAACUCAACACAUUCGCCAAUAAUAUUGGCAUAUGCAAAAAUAAUAUACAUACGAUGUUUCAGGCAAUAGCCCUUCAUUGCACAGAAACAAAAUAUUCUUCACGAAAUAAUGUAUUUAAUACAGUAUAUGCAUCAUGUUAGUAUGACACCUGUGAUCAAAUCACCUGCAAUGUGCCCGAUCUGGCCAGAUCUAGUAAACAAGGCUGGGUUUGAGCCUUUAAUCCACACAACCACCCAAACAGGUGUUGUCGGCUGCUGUGGACUAUGUUACCAGCAGCACAAUGGCAAUGCAGCAUCAUCAUCCACUGUUGUACCGUAUGACUGUGCCCCCCUCGCCUACACCAAUAGGCACAGACUAGCAUGGUCAAGUUAGGUCAAAUAAGCACUGCGACCCACGUGGCAUGGGGAAGCCCAUCUGCCAGCACUUGAUUGGCCAAGGGCUGCACCUGUACAACGUUAUAUGCUUCUGACUUGUGUGCAUUUUUCCAUUAUUUUCUCCUGAGCUCAUGUACCGUGUGUUAAUGUUGAACUUUUCCCAAUGACCUUCGUGGAAUCGAAUGAGUUGCUUGCAAAGGCGCCAACCUAAACAAAUAUUUUCCCAUUUUCACCAAAUCAAUAGUAGUACAGUUGUAGAAGCUGUCAUAUUUCAAAUUGAUGUUAAAGCUGUUGACUAAUUCUGUUUUCUUUCCUAACAGUCUUUGCAAACAGAGAAUUAAAAAUGUCAUAAAUUUCAAGCGAUGGAUCUCCCAGAGAAUAACAAACGCGGUCAAAAGCGUGUCAUCCCUGAUCGAAGGAGAGACAAGAGAAGCUGUAGCGAUUUGGAUACAUGUCUCCAGAUACCCGAGCAUCCCAUUUAUGUGGAAGAUAUUUGCAUGAAGAAGGAAGAGGAGGGGGAGGAGGAUAUCCAUUGUGAUGAUUUGGACAAGGAGGAGCAUCUCCAGUGUGAUGAUUUGGAGGGUAUGGACACUCACAGUGCUGGACCGUGUGGAACUCUGCAGGCCACCCAAGGCACUGCUGACUUGGAUCAGGCAGACGAUGGUGGUGAAUGCUCUACUAUAGAGUCGAUUGGAGAUAAGACUUUAUUGUGUUCUGAAGAUGACCUUGAGGAAGAAGCCCUUCAGAAGGAUGAGACUGCCCCUGCUGAGAGAUCAUCACCUUUUGGGGGACGUCCUGCGAAGGCUGUCAGCAAUGAGAAUGUAACCGAAGAAGGUUCUUUGAUGGAGUCGGGUAAAAUUAUUUUCUCUUUUUCAGAAAACGUCCUGCACAGCGAGGCCGAUCCUGAGGAGUGUGUGAAUAUGAACAUAGUGCUCUUGGAUGAUCCCAUGUCUCCUCGCGACUCUGAAGGAUCGGACAUAUAUCAGCACUUGGAGCACGACGUGUUUCCCAGCAACGAGACGCAGCACAGGCAGAGCCCCGCGGACAUGAUGAUUCAAGUGGUGAUCGGAGAUUCUCUUGAUCAACAUGCGGGCAAAUCUAAUGUCGUUGAUAAAAACGACGGAGCAGUUGAUGACAGUGGCCACGACCCUGUUGCUUUGGACAACUUGGUCGACGCUUGCCAAAAAACAUCUCUCUUCAAGAACACCAACACCGACAAAAUGUAUUGGAGCGUCACCAAAGAAGUUGGCGGUGACAUUUUUGAUUCCUCGUCCGUCUCGGCACCGUGCGGCGGGAUGCGAGCGGGUGAACUCCGGUGGAAUUUGGAGACGGAACGGGACGCUAUUGACGGCCGAGUCUCCAUCACUUCCACAGAGUCUGAGCAAACAAGUCAGCACGGUACUCCACUUUACCGCAGCGCCUGCUCGGAGCCAGUACAGCCUUGCUGCAGCAGUAGCAGCAGUGCCCCCUGUCAAGCCGUGCUCACUCGGGAGAUGCUCAAGGUCAAGUUGCACCACGAGUCGCAGUCCGUGCAUCAAAAGGUGAACGCUGUUGGAGCGCAAGCCUUCUCGGGUGCCUCUGUGGCAUACAACUUUCAGGACAAGCAGAACACAGGCCACACGCUUCCUCCAGUCAGCCUGGCAGAGUGCAAACACUCGGGACUCAACAUAGAGCUCUCGUACUGCUCGCACGACAUGAGUCAGCAGCACCAGCGGCUUCAGGAGGAGUUCUGGAAACAGCCGCUGCAAUGCCACCCCCCCAACGCUUCCACCCGGUCUCCCCGCACCCUCGAGCCAGCCAAUGUUUCCAUGCCCGCUUGUGCCCGCUGAAGAAUGCUCGGGUGAUUCCCGCGGAGGUUUGGAGAUUUGGACCGAGCCUGCAGUUCCCGAGCCUCCGAAGAAAAAAAUCAGGACCCUCUACACUCAGUGUCAGCUGGAUAAGUUGGAGAAGGUUUUCCUGGAAGACCGCUACCCUGACCAUGAGCGACGCCUCUUCAUCGCCUCUGCUAUCGAAGUCUCACCACAGCGAGUCGUGGUGUGGUUCCAGAACCGACGAGCCAAGUUACGUAAGCUGCAGCGGCAGAAAGCGCAGGCCAUGGACGCCAAGAGACCCCCAUGUACCAUCAGAGCCACGGCAACCACCACCACCACAGCCAAAACUACCAUCACGGCCACCACCGCAAU